AUGGAAGUCGAGGCCCAGCAAGAGAUCUCCGAUAAGUCGCAUUGCGUUCGACCGCCGUCGCCUAGAAAAAGAUCGUUCGAUGAAGCGAACGGCUCUGAUCUGGCCCACAAUACCCUGCCUGUCACUGCUGGCGUAACCAGCUCUAUCACCUCCUCGGCUUGUCACAUAGAAAGCAAUCGCCAAAAAGCUGAAUAUGCUAGUGCCAGCAUGGCUCCGCAAUGCGUGACGCAGACCAAUACGCCAGCCCCUACGGCCGAGCUUCCUAUCCUACCCCCGCAUGAAGCUGAUGCCUCGCUACCCUCCACCCAAAACGUAAACACCCAGUCAAAUACUGCCCCCACACCUGCGCCAACGAACGUCCCCAAUAAAAAACGGAAACUGACUGCUGCUGAGAAAGAAUUGAAAAUACAAGAAAAGGAAGAAGCACGGAAGGCAUUGGAGGAGGAAAAGAAGAAAAGGGAGGAGGAGAAGGAAGAAGAGAAGCGGAAACGUGAGGAACUAAAGAAAAAGAAGGAGGAGGAAAAGGAGGAAGAGAGAAAGAAGCGAGAAGAGGAGAAGAGGAAGAGGGAGGAGAAGAAGAAGCAGAAGGAAGAAGAACGCUUGGCCCGUGAGGAAGAGAAGAAAAAGAAGGAGAGGUCUCAAAUGCGACUGAAUGCCUUCUUCGCAAAACCUCCGAUACCUAAUUCUUCAAAAACUCCCUCCGGCCCUGGUGCUCCCUCUCAAACUGCUUCCCACCGCAACCCCGAAACUGGUGUUUCCAGCGACUCCAAUACCCCAAAGACUUUAUCAGAUUUCGAAAACGAAUUCCCUCCAUUUUUCAUCCAAUCUCACGUAACAUUUGCUAGCACCCAUCGCUUCCAGCGAGACCCGGAAGCAAUACAGCAUGCAUAUGAGAAGAUAGAUACCCGGCUAAAAAACGAGGGCAAUCAAGAGGAUAAUGUUAUGGCAUUCAAGCCUUCCGAGUUAUUCAAGAUGAUACCAUACUCGCGCCGCUACCGCAGAACAAAUCUCCCGACGGUUAGGGAGAUUGUUGCCCGGAUCCAGGAUGCAGACACCAAUCCAGACGCUGUUAUAGAUCUGACUAGGGACGACUACUCGGCGUCAAAAUCGUUUCAGGCCCAAGAUCUACUUAAGAAUAUUCCCAUGAAAAUCCUACAAUUUAGGGAAGAUGUGCGGCCACCGUACCGGGGAACGUUCUCGAAACGGCUUCCACGCAACAGCGCCUACAAGCUCUGCCGCAACCCCUUUUCCAGGAUCCUUCCCGACUGUGACUAUGACUACGACUCCGAGGCGGAAUGGGAGGAGCCGGAAGAAGGAGAAGAUCUGAACUCGGAGGGCGAAGAGGAUGUCAGUGACGAUGACGAGGAAGACAUGGCUGAUUUCCUGGACGAUGGGGAGGAUGAGCUGGGGAAGAGGAAAAUGAUAGUGGGUAACCUGGAGCCUAUCUGCACAGGGCUGUGCUGGGCUAGUGAGGGUGCUACGAGUGAGCUUCUUAAAUCACACAGGAUGGAGAUAUUGUCAGAAACGUUCUCGUUCCCAAUCGACCCAUUCUCCGACAUAUACUGGAAGAAAACAACGACAGCUCUCCCGAAAGAUCCCAAUACGUCCACCGAUAGUUCGAAUUCCAGCAACAAGACUUUCCUCGCACCUCCAUCUGGUGUCCGCCCCCUAUCAGCUGCAUCCGCCAUGGGUCUCCGUCCCAAUGGCGCUGUCCUAUCAGCAACUGGACAAAAGAGCCGUGCUCAGUUUCCACAGGAGCUUCUCACAGACUUCAAACAGGCUGUUUCUGGUAGCGAUUUGACGAAAGCGGGCUUGAUUGAGAUUCUAAAGAAACGAUUCCCCAAAGUUUCCAAAGAAGUGAUCAAAGAGACCCUCACGGCCGUCGCUGUACGACAGGGCCAGAAAGAAGUUGACAAGAGAUGGGUAUUAAAAUAA